GGCAGCGGUAGCGUUCCUUCCAGUCGUUGGGCUGUAGGUAUCACGGGCAGGACGGCUGCUCCCGGCGCGCGGAAGGGACUGCUGGCCUCGCCGUGGGACUCGAGGCGAGGGUGAGGAGGCCGAGGCGGGACAGUGAAGUGCCGAGAGGGAAAGUCCCUGCGCGAAACGAGCGCGCCCAGAAAAGGCGCCCCUCCCUCCACUGCCGUGUCGCGAAGUGAGUGUGGGAGGAAGACUUCGCCACCAGGAAUUGUGGCUUCAUCGUCCUUCCCGCCAAGAAGGGAAGUCAUCCUUCCUGCCCCGAGACUGCCGCGGCGCCGCUGGGCGAGGCCGCGCCUGCUGUGGCCUCUCUCGCUUCUGACGUGGAAGCCUACCUACAUAAUAAAAGAAAUUUCGAGCCAAAUAUUGGAAGAGAUGUCAGAGGAUUCAGAAAAGGAAGACUAUUCAGACAGAACAAUCAGUGAAGAUGAAUCAGAUGAGGAUACCUUUAUGAAGUUUGUAAAUGAAGACAUCCAUCAGUGUGCACUUUUAACAGAUUGGACCCCUUCUAAUACUGAGCAAAUGUACAUCCCAACAGGCCUGGAUAUAGAAACCCUUUAUGCAAGCUCCAAGGAAGAUCCUGUGGUUCACCUAGCUGAAGAUGCCUACAAAGAGCCUUGUUUUGUGUAUUCCCAAGUUGGGGGCAACCGAACACCCUUGAAGCAGCCUGUGAAUAACUGUGAUGAUACUUUGAUGUUUGAAGCAAGGUUUGAGAGUGGUAAUCUACAGAAGGUAGUCAAAGUGGCAUAAUAUGAAUACCAGCUGACUGUGCGCCCUGACCUGUUCACAAAUAAACACACCCAGUGGUACUAUUUCCAAGUCACUAAUACCCAAGCAGGAAUAGUCUACAGAUUCACUAUUAUCAAUUUCACCAAGCCUGCUAGUCUUUAUAAUCGGGGUAUGCACCCACUGUUUUAUUCUGAAAACGAGGCCAAUGCUCAUAAUAUUGGCUGGCAGAGAAUAGGAGACCAAAUGAAGUAUUAUAGAAACAACCAGGGGCAAGAUGGGCGCCAUUAUUUCUCUCUUACAUGGACAUUUCAAUUUCCACACAAUAAAGAUACCUGCUACUUUGCUCACUGCUAUCCAUACACUUACACAAACCUGCAAGAAUACCUUUCUAGCAUCAAUAAUGACCCAGUACAGUCAAAGCUUUGUAAAAUACAUGUCUUGUGCCACACAAUUACUAGGAACAUGGUGUAUGUUUUAACGAUUACUACCCCCUUGAAGAACAGUGAGUCAAGAAAGCGAAAGGCCAUGAUUUUGACUGCAGGGGUACAUCCAGGAGAAACCAACAGCUCUUGAAUCAUGAAGGGCUUCCUUGAUUAUAUUUUAGGAGACUCAAGUGAUGCAAAGUUGCUCCGGGACACUUUCAUCUUCAAGGUGGUACCCAUGCUGAAUCCGGAUGGUGUGAUUGUGGGAAACUAUCGGUGUUCCUUAGCUGGAUGGGAUUUAAACUGUAACUAUACAUCUCUCCUGAAGGAAUCAUUUCCUUCGGUUUGGUAUACCCGGAACAUGAUCUGUAGAUUGAUGGAGAAAUGAGAGGUUAUUUUGUAUUGUGACCUUCAUGGCCAUAGUAAGAAAGAGAACAUCUUCAUGUAUGGCUGUGAUGAUAGUGAUAGAUGUAAAGCAUUAUACUAACAGCAACGAAUCUUUCCACUUAGGCUGAGCAAAAAUUGUCCAGAUAAAUUUUCAUUCUCAGCUUGCAAGUUUAAUAUUCAGAAGAGCAAAGAGGGAAUAGGAAGGGUGGUAAUGUGGAAAAUGGGAAUCAGGAACAGCUCUACCAUGGAGGCCACUUUUUGUGGAUCCACUCUGGGUAAUAAAAGAGGCACUCAUUUCAACACAAAAGACUUGGAGUCGAUGGGAUAUCAUUUUUGUGAUUCUCUCUUGGACAACUGUGAUCCAAACCGAACCAAGUAUUAUCAGUGCCUGAAAGAAUUAGAAGAAAUGGAAAAACAAAACUUGGAAAAAGUCCUUGAUGAUUCAGAUACUUCUCUGAAAGAAAUUACAUUGGAUCUAGAGUCUAGUAGCCAUGGCUCUGACAGUUCAGAAUCCAAUGACUCUCAGACUGAUCUUCUCAAGUUAAGUUCUCAGAUAAAAAACAAGAAAAAACAUCUGAAAACAAAGAAGGAAAGAAACUCUACCAUAGCAAGCCAUCAGAGAAGAGCAAGAGCAAAAAUACCUGGACAAACCCCUUCUUGGCUUCUAAAAAGAUAUUUGAGCUCCCAAACUAUGAUUCGGAGGCUUAGCAAAGACCAACAAAGAUAUUUUUUAGAAACCGAUGAGAGGCCAGUCCGGGAAACAAUUCAGCCCAGAAUCAAUGAUUUGUAUGGAAACUGUGUCAAAGUGACAUCCUUGAAGAGUCCUAUGAGCAAACAAACUCCCAUUUGGACUGAGAAGACAAGGAUACCAACAGAAGUCCCAACUGUUGGCAUAUUAAAGGCAAGGACUAUAUUUUUCAUACCUAUUUACCAAACCAAACAAAAUGCCAGAUACAUAAUAAUGAUCAGUGAGUAUUUGUUGAAUGGCCUAGGAAUGGCUUCUCAAGAGACUGUAGAUCUCCAGUACAACUUAAAAAGCAAUAUGAAAGAAUGUCCAUCUUUCCAAAGCAAGAAGCCUGGAGUAAACUGGACAGAUGAUGAAAAAAGAAUCUACAGGGAUAAAAAAACAGCUGAAACUCAAGAAAUAUUGCAGUAUUUGCUCCCCAUCAUGAAAAGCACUAAAAAUGUGCAAACUACUCAGAGAAAACAGAUACUCAAUCCAAGAAAUCCAACAUAAGGAACCGAGUUCAGGACAUUGGUCCACCAGAGACCUCCCAGAUCCACACUAAACCCAUCUACUUACAUAAAGAAAUACAGCACAUCUUGGACACCACCCAGAAAUGCCCCUUUGAUAAGCCAAAGGACUCUUAUGGUAAGCUCCUCAGAAUGGCUCCAGUCUGUGUCCCAGAAGUCAUUUGAAAGUUUGUCACCUCUCAAAGGGCCCAAGAAGAGGAAAAAACAUUCUCGAGUCAAGGCCACAAAGACUAAAUACAUGAAACCUAUCAGCAGCAAAUGGGAGACUACUCCCUCAAGUUCUGAGAAGGAUGCAGACAAGAGUCUGCAAACUGAAGAAUCCAACCAGCAAGACUCUAUGCAAACAGCCCCCCAUCCAACUAAAAAUAAGGGAGAGCAACCAAAAAAGAAGGAUGGACAACCCACCUUUCGUUUGAAAUUGCAAAGGGACAAAUAAUCUAGCUUUACGCUGCUUUUUGAAAACUGUGGAUGGAAGAUAACAUACGCUUACACAGUAAAAUGAAAAAGAAAAGAAAGAAAAAGAAAAGCCCUCCCGGUCCUUCUAUCCCUAUCCCACUCCCUACAUGUUCAUGUGCAUGUACUGAACUACAGAUUUUAGAUAUCCCAUCUUCUUUAGUUGGAACAUCUUUCAGAGAGCUAAAAGGAAAUCCAGAGGAAAUAUAGAAAAUUAAAAAUCACUUCGAUAUUUAUAUUUAAUUUUUGUCAAGAUGAAAAAAAAAUCUCUGAACUUUUGAUUUCUUCUGAAAUGACUUAUUCAUACAACACCAAAAGACUAAGACCUCAGAGAAGGAAUGACAUGUACUAUCACUGACAUUAAUGUCCCUACUAGGCACUUUAAUGAAUCAGUCAACAAACAUCGUGUCUGCAGUGUGUUAGAAACCACUAGUGAUAUAAAAGACAUUCCUGGGCUUCCCUGGUGGCACAGUGGUUGAGAAUCUGCCUGCCAAUGCAGGGG